AUGACCUCUCGCUCAGAACUCGACGCCUACCGAUCUUUGGCAGAUCGUUUCACCGCUGCCCGUAAGCCUACUCGUGCUGGUUUCUCCCAGCAGGGAAACUCUCCCCGCCAGGUGUUGUCCAUGGGCUUCGGGGCCCUCGCCAUCACCGACGGUUCACCUUCCGUCGCGGCUCCUGUCGUGGCCCCUCCUGCCGCCGCAGCUUCUGUUGUGGUUCCUCCUAUCGCCGUAUCUCCCGUCGCGGCUCUGACCCCUCUCUCUACUGGCCAACAGGAUGUCAGACCUGCUCCUGUUGGCCUUCCGCAAACUCCGGGUCACUCUGCCACUGUGGUGGAGAUUGAUGAUGACGAUGAGGAGAUGGGUGGUGACGAUCGUGACAAAGAGAUGGAUGAUGUUCUGUUUGUGAAGUCGAGGGGUCCCAAGUUGGACGAGGUGAAGUCCGAGAAACGUCGCUGGUCGUCCCCCACCCAGGGCGAAGUUCGCCCUCCGUCGGCGAAACAGGCCAAAGAUACUCGUAGUCGGUCUCCGUCUGUCCUGGACGAAGUGUCUCCCUCUCCUGCUAAGGAACCAGGGAGUGCUCGUAAAGCGUUGAUGCGGGAGCAGGAAAGGCUAUGGAAGUUGUUCAGCAACAAAAGGGAACGAUGGGAGGUUGCCAGUGUAGAUGAGUCCUGUGAUAGAUGUUGCCACAAAAUUAUUACGUAUGGGAGGACAAGGUGGCUGUGUCUGCCACCGGUCAAACCCCAUAAUUGUGGAUCCCGUUGUGCUUCUUGCACUUCUGGGCCCUGCUCGUGCUGUCCCCCCAAUACCGCUCGGGACAUUCCCCCAAGAUCUUCUGCCCCUCUCGGUCCUCCGUACACGCCGUCUACCGCCGUCCGUCACCGUCUCCCUACGGCCCAGGACAAGGAAUUCCCUUCGCCCUCUCCUUCGGCGAACUUCUCCUCUCCCGGCCCUACUUCGCCGUCUCCCGCCGUCCGUUGCCCGCCUAACUCUCCUGUGGCCGGACCGUCUCGUCUUCCUGCUACUCCUUUGGCAGGUCUGUCUCGUUGUACCCCUCGUCGUGGUUCUUCCGCCGCCCUUCGGCCCUCUACUCCUGGGGCUGGCCCAUCUUGUCUCCCGGCUACCCCUUCGGCCGCUUCGUCUCGUCCUACCAGGAGCCACCCUACUCCUGUCUCAACACAAGAGGACUCUUCUCUAACUCUUCCUCCUGCCCUCGGGACCCAAAGCCGUCAACCAUCUGUCCCUCCUGCUACUGGGCUCUCAACUCCUGCCCCUCCUGUCCAAACUCCUCCUUCAAAAUCUUCAAAAGGGAAAGGCAAGAAGAAGAAGGCCGUCCAAUUCGAACCUGCAGUGGUGGAAAAUGAAAGUACUCAGCUACCAGAGGAGAUCCCUCCUCCCCUUGACCACCCCUACAUUUUCCGCGACCCUCAAAUCCCAGAGGAGGAGAAACAACUGGCUACCUUCCGUUCUCUCAGCAUUGGAUUGAUCACGCAGUUACACGCCAAUAGACAAGAUACGGCAAAGCUUCUCGAAUAUUGCAUGAAGCUGGUCUCUGGUAUGAACACUCUGUCUCGGACAAUGGCAACCCUUGUCAACUCCUCCGAUAUAGGGCCAUUAGCGCAAACUGAAGAGUACGCCCUUCCCCCCACACUUGACUGGUUAAGGCCACCCAACCCGGCUCGACUCAGUUCUCAGGAUGGUGCUUUUCUCAAUAUCCUGGCUCUUCCCCUGGACUGUCUCAGAACACUUCGACAGUUAUGGAAGCUGCCUAGCCUGGAUAUCGCUCGUGACUCCGCUCUCCAUAAUCCUCACAUUCUGGCCUCCAACACGGCAUGGAGAGAGACUCGGUCCCUUCGACGGGUGGCGCUACCGAAGGUUACUGAGAGUAGUUCCGGAGGUAGGCCUGCACCGGGGAGCAGGGAACAGGGAGGCAGUUCGCAGCAGUCACAGGCCAUGUUUGUGCCAUAUUCACAAUGUAAAGUAGUAUCCAUCCUUGAAGCUACAAAAGUUUUGGGUGCUGGUCUGAUUGAGCAGAAUACAUGUAACGGUACUGGAAACACGAAGACUAAGUUGCAGGUUGGGUCGAACUCGAUGCAAGUCUUGUGGAAAUCUAGGUGUCUCUGGUGCUAUCCAAAGAAUGAUAUUGAAGAAUCAGCAAAGUUGGUACUUUGCUGA